UCGUUGAUGGGUUACUCGAAACUCCACUAGAUUGUGAACAGUGCACCAGAGAAUGCCGCGGUGAACGGUUGCCACCCCCCGCAGUCAAUCGCCACGACAACUUUCACACGUGUUAAAUUCGCAAUUUUAAUUAAUUAAAUAUUAUCAUCCGGUGAUAAUUGGAGUGUUAACGAUUAACAAAUUAAUUUUUGAUUUUUGAAAGGUGAAAAAGGGGGGGAUAAACAGUACUUGAGGGGGGGAAUUUUUGGUGUUUAUCUCUGGGAAAAAGCCCGGGUGGAGCUGCGACGAGACGCCGAGUUGUUGGGGUAAAUGAUACUGUGAUCAACCCCCUGCGUGUAUGAUAGGUGGAGUGCGCUAUGAGUACAGAAGAAAAAAUAACCAUCGAGAGAAGAUGACACCACGCAGAUAUGUCCUGGCGGGUCUACGAAGGACAUUACUCGUUGCUGCUGUCCUUGCUAUUCUCCUUCUCGCAUUAUUAAGUCAGGACAGUAGUAACAAUGCAUUGCAAUCAUCGUUGGAAAAGGAGACACCGCAAUCAGCUGAAGAACGUCAAUAUGAAUUAAACAGUGCAGCUGAGACUGAAAUGCGAUUGGCCGAGAGACGACGAUUAUUAACCGAAAGAUGCGCUGAAGUUGGUCUAGAUCGACCUGGUAAUGAUUCACUCCACAAACCAAAUGCCUGGGAAUUUUUUGUCAACCGGGACUACCACCUCAUCUGGUGCAACGUAUUCAAAGCAGCCUCUACAUCCUGGAUCUACAACUUUAAUAGACUAGCAGGGUACAGUCCACAAUUUCUUAAGGCCUCGAAGGUUGUCCCAGUCUCCCUAGCAAGACAAAAAUAUUCCAGACCAACAGCUGAGGAACUCAUCAGAUACCUCAACGACUCUGUGAGCUUUCUCAUCGUCAGACAUCCAUUUGAACGACUACUCAGUGCCUAUCGUGAUAAACUUGAGCAAAGUCUACCAAACACACUUCACAGUAAACUCGGUGUGAAGAUAAUUAACCAGUACAGACCAAAAGAUCCCAAGAACAGAAUGAGACAGGGGCCAAGAUAUCCACUGUUUGAGGAAUUUGUCAGGUGGUUACUUUGCGAAUGGCGUACUGGUAAUGAAUUGGACAUGCACUGGACACCAAUUCUACAAUUCUGUACACCCUGUCAAGUUAGAUUUGAUGUCAUUGCCAAGUUUGAGACUCUUCAAGAGGAUCAAAAUUAUCUCAUUAAACACGUACACCUGGAGCACAUAAUACGCCCAGAGUGGAAAAAUCCAGCCAGAGGUCCCCAAACCAAAGACGUAAUGAAGAGAUAUUUCAUGAAAUUAUCCAGAAGCCAAAUUGCUGAUUUAUAUGAAAUGUUCAAGUAUGACUUUGAACUAUUCGAUUACUCACCAGAUGAAUAUCUGAUAAUUGGUAAAGACGAUUCCACAACCUUCGAGUGCAAAAAUGCCAGGAUAACAUCAAUUUAAAUUAAUCAAAAAUACGUUCACCGAACAACGAAGAAAAUAAGUUAAUGAAUAAUUCGAGUUUUCCAAUUUUUCCCCUUCGCUAAAACUAUUAUUUCAUCAAUAAGGAAAUCAUUACAAUUGUUAUUGAUUAAUUCCGCACAUACCGGACUUAAUUUAAGUAAUUAAAAUUUUCGCAAAUUUAAUAGACCAUGAGAAAUGGCGCAAUUAGCAUCAAAGACGCUCUGUGAAUGCACAAAUAAUUAUGGUAAAUUAUUAUUUUAAUCGCUAGUUUGUUAAUAUCAAUUGAAUAAUGUAUCAUCCCAUAUUAAUGACCUUCAAUUCAUGUUUUUAAUCUGAUAAUGAUAAUUUUUAAUGGCAUUUAGUUCGAUUGAAUGAUUAUAAAUUAUUAAAAUUUAUCUUCUUCAUUGCAAUAGUGCCUGAUAAUUCAUCAACGCAUAACGUAAUUUAAUAAAUUAAAAAAAAUGGCCUAAUUUAAUUACGAGAGUCAUAAUCUCAUUGUAUUAGCCGUUAAAAAAAAAAUGACAAUUAAACUGAAGUUAAUGGCUUUUUUUUAGAUUAUUAAAAUCUAGAUGUUUCGACUGUAAAAAUUAUUGAGAGAGCGACCAAAAAUGAAUGAAUAUAAAUUAAUAUUUAGAUGUUAAAUCAACUUAAUGUCGAGUUAGUAGUUAAUUCAUACGUUAAUAAUGAAUUGUUAUUCAGUUGUAAAUAUGUAAAUGUAAGGAUACAUUUAAAAAUAUAUGUUUUACAUUAGAAAAGUAUAAA